UAUAAAGAAAAGAAAAAGAGAGGAAGAAUGGCGGGAUUAGCGGAGAGAGGGUAAUGAAAUUGCGCAAGUAAGAGACAAACAAAAAGAUAGGAAGUGUGGCUUGUUGAGUUGCAAAGAGAAAUGGAGGCAGAGCAUGAGAACAGUGGAGGAGGAGGAGGACUUUAUGUGAAAGUUAUUAUGACCGAUGAACAAAUGGAACUUUUAAGACAACAAAUAUCUGUCUACACCACCAUUUCUGACCAACUUGUUGAGAUGCAUAAAUCCAUUACCACUCAACAUGACCUCGCUGGACUGAGACUUGGUAAUUUGUACUGUGAUCCACUGAUGAUGGCUUGCUCUGGACACAAGAUAACUUCGAGGCAGCGUUGGACUCCAAUGCCUAUCCAGCUUCAAAUACUCGAGCGUAUUUUCGAUGAAGGCAAUGGCACUCCCACCAAACAGAAGAUCAAAGACAUAACCAUUGAACUAGGGCAACACGGUCAAAUAUCCGAGACUAAUGUUUAUAAUUGGUUCCAGAACAGAAGAGCACGUUCAAAGCGCAAGCAAUCAUCAGUUCCUGCAGGAAAUCAUGCAGAGCCAGAGGCAGACACAGAAGUUGAGUCUCCAAAAGAGAACAAAACAUGUGAAGAAAGCGAUCAAGUUCAGUUCUUUGAGAGUUUAUCACCUCAUCGGGUCAAGGAUAUGUACCUUCAGAGUCCUGACAUAGGAUUUGAGCACUUGUUGGGAAAAAUUGAAGUUGCAGGCUGCUAUAAUUCUUACUUUCUUUGAUAAUUGACUGGUUGAUGACAGAAUUCUAGGAGUGAUCUAUUAGGAGUAUCCAUCCAAAAAUGUUGAUGAACCACUAAUGAAGUGGCAUAUAUAUAUAUAUAUAUAUUGUUGUCUUAAUGAGAUGCUUUACAAAUCUUACUUUUGAUCAGCUAUCACUGUGAUUUGAUCAGACUUCAAUGUUAUAAUACUAUCUUAUCAGGCUUGUCAUCCAUGUUACCAUAGAAUGUAAUAUCUUAUCAGGCUUCAAUCUUCAUCAAAAUGUUGUGGCUUUGUCUCA